UCUGUUGGACUCCAGGGUUUCCUCAGAAAGCUCACUUCCUUUCUGGAACUGAUUUUGUUUCCAACCACGUUGAAAAUCAAUCUCAAUCUCUCUCUCUCUCUCUCUCUCUCUCUCUCUCUCUCUCUCUCUCUCUCUCCCCUCCCUCUCUUCUUUCCUCUCCCUCUUUCCCUCCCUUCCUUCCCCUGUCCUCCCCCCUCCCUUCUGCUUCCUUGGUAGAAGCGGGGAAGUGAGCUUCAGCACAGGACAGACCAGAGAAAACAGAAAGAACCGCAUCACUUUGGCUGACUUUAUCUUCUUCUAUCCGUAGAUAAUCACACCAGAGUUGCCUUUAAUUCCGUUUCUGGACACCUCUUUUCCAUUCAGCCAACUGGGUGAGACAAAGCUGGUUGGUGCCCUGAGCCGCAGAACUCUGGUAGGGGGCUGGCUGGCUGUAAAUUGACGUGGCAUGGAAAUUCUCCACUAAGUUGCAGCAGCUUGCGAGCUCCUCAAAGACCGAGCCCAGCCUCCGGGAGCUAGAGCUAAACCACGGGCUCAGUGACCUUACAGAAGAAUGGAUAAAGUCCCCAGCUCUGCGCCUCGGACCCGCCGUUUCCUUUCUGGCUAUCUGUCAUUUCGCUGAAAACCAAGUCAAAGUCUGUAACUUUGUUUUCGCAGCUUAAACAACAAAACUGACUGCUCUUGCCCCCGCAGUCUGAACUCCUUGGAGACUUUGCCAUGGGGUGCGGGCUUAGGAAGCUGGAAGACCCUGAUGAAAGCAGCCCUGGAAAGAUAUUUUCUACCCUGAAGAGACCGCAAGUGGAAACAAAGACAGAAUUUGCUUAUGAAUAUGCACUGCUGGAUUUUACUUUACAAGCUUCCACAAAUCCAGAAGUCAUCAAGAUAAAUUCAGUCCUGGAUAUAGUUGCCAAAGUGGAAGACUAUUAUCUUAAGGGCUAUGUUGUUGGGGCCAUUCACCCUGUUAUACAGCCUGUGGGGCAGCGGAAGCACCUCCCAGCAAGUCAUCUGUACAGGGCGGUGCUAUCCCGAGUGAAGCUAAGCUCCAAGCAUUCAGCCGCAGGCGGACAAAGGCGCGCCAGGCUUGUGAUAGAGGAGUGCCCGCUAACGUGUGAGACGCAAGGGAACGACUCUGCAAAGGAACUCAUAGACAAGGUUAAUGCUGCUGCUAAGAGAGGGAUGAGAUUUGUCGGAUUUGUACCGCAGCACUGCUCGCCAUCUAAGCACUGCAAUGGUGCCAGCCAGGAUGGAGUUGCCGAGUCGGAGCUGCACAAGAGACAGGGUUCACAAGACAACUGCAAAAGCUUGAACGACGGCACCUUGUGGGAGAGUGGAGUGGAGGAGGAACCUCAGCCUGAAAGUGGACAGCAUCAGACUGAGGGAAACAGCAGCCUCAGCUACUCUAACCCAAAGCGGGGAGAAGCCCCAGAUAAUAAGGUGUAUAUGGUCUUCAAUGCUUUUGAAGAGGACUCGGCCUGCUGGACCUAUCAGGAGGGCAUCCUGUCCAUGAAAGUGACAAGGAAGGGAGCUGUCAUCAGCACGCUGGACGCCAACUGGCUAGAACUAACCACAUUUUAUUACAAGCAAGGCUUGUCUUUAGUUGACUCUUUUGUGUGCUGGGAGACACCUAAAGGGGACCAGUUACCUAAAUCUUUGGAAGGCUUUUUUAUCUAUGAAGAAGAAGGGUCUGGAGUCCCAGGCUCUAACAGGAGAGGAAAUGAUGCCAUUGUAGUAGAACAGUGGACAGUCAUUGAGGGCUGUGAAAUCAAGACUGAUUAUGGCCCCCUGCUGCAUACGCUGGCUGAAUUUGGAUGGCUUCUGACAAGCGUGUUGCCCACACCUAUAUUGAGACACGACAGUGAAGGGAACUUGGCUACCAAGCAGGUCGUGUUUCUCCAAAGGCCAGUGACAUGGAACUCAGCUGCUCAGACCCCAGAAAGGAAAGGCGGCCGGCUGCUGAGGGGUGAAGACAGAAACAAGGUCGGCAGCAGGAGCAUUGGCCUCGACACAAGCGAGUGCCAACCCGCAGGAGGCCGAGCCCCUCUUGAGGAGGGUCCCCUCUCUCCCUCCAGAGAGUGUUGGACCAAGGAAGAGCGGCCCACACAGAGCGACAGCUUCUCCGGGUUCAGUGGCAGCGACAGUGUCCUCCGGGAGCUAGAUGAUGGACAGUUUGACCAGGAAGAGGGCGUGACACAGGUCACUUGCAUGUGAGUUGCCAGGUGACCCCACAGAAGGCCUUGUAAAUAGUUAUUAAAAUGACUGCCAUCUGACUUUAUUUCAAUACUAUCUUCAUUUAUGUAAUGUUUUUUAAUUUCCAGGCUCAGCCUUCCCCUAAUCUAUGUAAACUUUGUCUCAACCUCUGAGACAAGGAAGAAUAACCAACUAUUUAUCAAUAUAAAAGCUUACACUCCUCUCGACUGUGUAAACAGAUGUCUCAUCUGGUCAUUAAGCCACAACCUGGUUCACUUCCCCACAAGUGGACAAAAAUCAGUAUUUCUCAUCAGGCCUAUUAAAAAGGCUGACUAUCCAAAUCAUUUCAACCAAUUAGAGCCUUCUCAGGAAGCUACAGCCUCAAUUAAACUAAAAAAUAUUCCUUCUUCCCUGUCUCUGUCCCUGUCUCCCAUGGACACAGACUCGUGGAAAUAACUAUUCCCUGCCUACAGCAGUUAAUCUAAUUUUUGUCUCUUACUGUUGUAUGUCCAGACAAAGUGAGCCCAAUUUGUCAAAAGUCUUCAAAAAAACUUCUUUCCUAUGUCUUUUCUUUCAAAGGGGCACCAUGUGGCCAGUCCUACAGUGAACCAUUAACUUUGUCAUUGUUGGUCCCAAUAGCCCACCAGUGGCAUAAAACAGAAUUUCUUAAGUCAGUUAAGACUGACAGGAUGGCGUUUGCCAUGCAAGCCUUAUGACCCAAGUUCAGUCUCUGGAACCCAUAGAGAUAUAGAAACAGAUAGAAGUUCUACAACAGUUGACCUCCAAGCCAGUACUUGUUCCUCUGUGCCCUAGUACGUGCUCGUGCACGCACAGUAAAACUAACUUUUUUUUUUUGGUUUUUUUUUUUUUAUUCUUUUUUUCGGAGCUGGGGACCGAACCCAGGGCCUUGCGCUUCCUAGGCAAGCGCUCUACCAACCCCUAAACUAACUUUUUAAAAAGUCACUGACGAGGGGUCACUAUGGAGGGCACUGCAUGGCUGACCAUGACCGUCUGCCCCGCUCCAAUCUAGGGAGAAUUCAACUGGCUGAACCUUCACACCCUGACUGAAAACUGGUGUCCAAUAGACAGUGACUGACUGGUUCGUGUUUAAAAAGGUGAUUUGAAGGAGAGCUCACAAUCUCUUUGAGGUUUUUUUUUAUUAUUAUUAUUAUUAUUCUUUUUUCUGGAGCUGGGGACCGAACCCAGGGCCUUGCGCUUGCUAGGCAAGUGCUCUACCACUGAGCUAAAUCUCCAACCCCGAGCUCACAAUCUCAAUGUGGAAAAGUCACGGUGGAGGGAAACAUUUCAUCUGUGCCAAGCCUAUUUUCACCUACUGUGGCUUUUACACACUGAGACCUACUCCAUGGCCACCUUCCUCCCGCUGCCAGGGAGGCUCUCAUCUUGCCCAGUCUUUACCCAGUAAAGAUUCAUCUUCUACAGAACAGGGGCCUUUCAUUUAUGUGUGAAAGGCUGACCUCCAAAAGAAUUACAGUUGGCCAUGCCGUUAAGUAAUUCACAUAUUAUAUAUUUUUAUUGGCUUGAUGUUGACAUUGUGAGUCAUUUGAGUAAUAAACUCUCUUUUGUUGUUAAGCUAC